GCCUGUCCUGGGGGCCCCCCAGCUUGGGCUGGAGAUGGGCCCUGGUUCACGUGAUGGUGCACAUUUCUGCCUGACUCUGCCAGCCCUUGGUGGGCUGGAUGGUCCUGGGAACUGCGGGGCAAGGCCGGUGGAGGUGGGACUCCAUGUGUGGCCUGGGGAGUGGUGCAGGGAGCCAGAGGCCUGGGCACUUUGCCGCUGCAGGAGGAGAGCAGGGUCUGCAGAGGGGAGCAGAUGACAACAGCAAUUUCAUCCUGGCCAACGCGCAGGUCCUCCGCGGCUUCCCCAUCGUCUACUGCUCCGACGGCUUCUGCGACCUCACCGGCUUCGCCCGCACGGAGGUCAUGCAGAAGAACUGCAGCUGCCGCUUCCUCUGCGGGGGAGAGACCAGCGAAGCGCUGGCGCCCCGGGGAGCUGCUUUCUGGUGCCUGCUGGACAUUAUGCCCAUCAAGAACGAGAAGGGGGAGGUGGUGCUCUUCCUCUUCUCCUUCAAGGACAUCACAGAGACCCGGGGCAAGAGCCACCUGGGUGACAAGAAGGAGGAGAAGCAACGGAGCAAGAAGUCUGGGAGCUCGCACCUGCGGGCGGCACAGAGGCAGGGCCGGACGGUGCUGCACCGGCUCAGCAGCCAGUUUGCCCGGAGGGACCACGGCGAGAUGAAAAUCAACCGUAACAUGUUUGAGAACAAGCCAUCCAUCCCUGAGUACAAAGUGGCCUCGGUGCAGAAGUCCCGCUUCAUCCUGCUCCACUACAGCGUCUUCAAGGCCCUCUGGGACUGGCUGAUCCUGCUGGCCACCUUCUAUGUGGCUGUCACCGUCCCCUACAACGUCUGCUUCACGGGCACGGAGGACAGCCCAUCGGCCACCCGCAGCACCAUCGUCAGCGACAUCGCUGUGGAGAUGCUCUUUAUCCUGGCACUGAUGCACGCCGUGGUCUUCGGCAACGUCACGGCCAUCAUCCAGCGCAUGUACUCGCGCCGCUCGCUCUAUCACACCCGCAUGAAGGACCUCAAGGACUUCAUCCGCGUCCACCGCCUCCCCCAGCAGCUCAAGCAGCGGAUGCUGGAGUAUUUCCAGACCACCUGGUCGGUGAACAACGGCAUCGAUGCGAACGAGCUGCUGACCGACUUCCCAGACGAGCGGGCCAGGCACCUAAACAAGGACCUCCGGCAGCUGCCCGUCUUGGAGACGGCCAGCCGGGGCUGCCUGCGCUCCCUCUCGCUGCACAUCAAGACCUCGUUCUGCGCCCCGGGCGAGUACCUGCUGCGCCAGGGCGACGCGCUGCAGGCCAACUACUUCGUCUGCUCCGGCUCCCUGGAAGUCCUGCGGGACAACGUGGUGCUGGCCAUCCUGGGCAAAGGGGACUUGAUCGGAGCCGACCUGCCAAGCAAGGACCAAGUGAUCAAGACCAACGCAGAUGUGAAGGCGCUGACCUACUGCGACCUGCAGUACAUCGGGCUGCGGGGGCUCUGCGAGGUGCUGCAACUCUACCCCGAGUACGCCAGCAAGUUCACGGCCGACAUCCACCAGGACCUCACCUUCAACCUGCGGGAGGGCAGCGAGAUGGAGGUGGGUGCGUGUCCUGCCCCUGCACCAGCCCUGCCUCCCCCAGCGUUGGAACCUGCCUUCAGGUGA